AUGAAUCCUCGCUCACUUCCCAUCAAAAAUUUUGCUAAAAUCAUUUUAGAUCCAUCUAGAGGUGUCGACUAUGCUUCCAAUUGCAUAUUCAUUGGUUUUGAUGUUUAUAAUUUUCAUUCUGGUGGUGAAACAUUUGCUAA